AUGGCUGUCGACGCGCAACAUAUCCACCACAUGUGGACGCGACCUACCGUCGAUCUCAACUCUCCCGAACUUACAAUCUUCUACCGCGUCUUGACCGCGGCUCAUACCCCAGACUCCCUCGAGGGUGCGCCACCGCUCCCCAAACAUCAGCUCCUCGUCCCUGCCCGAGUCCCCGGACUCAUCCGCUCCUCUGACAUGGUGAAGUGGGAGCGCAAACAGACCUCCUCCGCACCCGAUGACGACGAUUCCUCUGAUGAGGAGAAUGCGAGGAUCACUCGCCGGCGUGUCAAAGGCAAGAAGAAGCCACGGGAUGGCGAAGCUUCUACCGAUGUACUCGCCACACCACUCUACACGCCUUUCGGCGAAUGGGCUUUCGCGGCUGAUCACAACAUGGUCAACGUGAAGACACUAUUGGUUCUCGGUGGUAAGCAUAUCAUCCUCGUCGGUGUGGGCGAGUUCCUGACGAUCUGUCAUAGCUGGUCCAUCAAGGACUCAAAUCAACUGAGUGGGUUCUACCAAGAGCUCGCCCUCUUCAAAUCAUCACUGCACCUUCGUCCACUCCAGGGCGCUGUUGUCCCUGCUCUCGUUAACGUGACCCGGAGCGCGCUCGGUGCUAGUCUGAAUAUGGUGGCGCCACAUCCAACGUUCUGGAUGGAAGCCUCUCCUGACAUGCCCUUCGUCCUCAAAUUGCACGUCAUCGAUGCGUACACUAGACUACACGCGCACGGGAUACUGCAUGGCAACCCGCAGCUACGCAACAUGCUCAUUUGCGGCGACGGUCGUGUGAAGAUCGUCGAUUUCCAGUCGAGCCGUUCACUCCGACCCAUCUCCAUUGUUGGUAUCCACGCUGCGAACGAAGCCGACCUGGAGCUCGAGAUGCGCCAAGUGAGGUUCAAGCUGGACUUCGGCGACGCGCGCCGGUACGAGGAAGAAAAACGCCAGAGAGCUCGUGACAUCGAGCGCCGUAACAAUGACAGGGCGAGGCUGCGCAAGUUGGUAAUCAGGGGUCUUUUGCAUGCACAAGUCGACCCCGACGAGGGCUACACCGGCAACGACCAGACCCACCCUCCCAUUCCAGACGCAUUCUGGUACGAUCAUUGGGUAGACGACGUCAACCGCGCUCCGCGACGUUUCGUCGUUCCCGGAAAGACGCAGGAAGAGGUGACCGCGGCCUUGCGACACUUCGAAAGCAUAGUUGUGAAGUUUCAAGCCGAUUAUGACCAAUCGUGGGUCGAUAGCGGGAAACGCCCCGGGCCUAGUCGAUCUGGACGCUCGCCUCCGGAGGACGACGGGUUGGAAACCAUCCUCAUUGGUGGUUCUUACGUGCGGCGGCGCAGACGAUCUCCAACAGAGUCCUCCGAAGUUGGCGGACCGACGCUCACACGACCUGACACGCAGGAGGAACUCGCACGGUUGAUCCGCGAGACUGAGGCAGAGGCUGCCUCUGCGACGGAUUGGCCCUUCCCAUCUCAGGUCAUUGGUAAGACGUGGAAUGGGCGCGGGGUCGGUGUGGGCGACUACGGCUACGAUCUUCCUGCUUCGUCUUCGCCGUCGAGCCCGCCAAAGGCACCCAUCGUACGUGACUACUGUACAGUGGGCGCAACCCGAGCGCCAUUGCUAGAGAACCCAUACCGCAAAAAGACGAGGGCCAAGUCGGAAGGCAUCUCGAGUGGGGAGCUGCCUCGCGCGUCGUCGACUCCCAGCCGUCCUCCGAAGGAAGUGAAGGCCAUUGACUUCGUAGCCAGGCCCCACAAUGGUGUUGGGGGCUAUUACGUCCGCCAUGCUCCCACGGAGAACAGGAUGUCGAUCGAACGCGUCCGCUAUAUCCGCGAGCAGAACCGUGAAUUGGCCGAGAACAUGGGCUUCGGGCCGCUUUACUCCACCGACGACAAGUACUGUUUGCCUCCCUCCUUCAAGCGCCCCCCCACAGACCGACCACACUGGACGUCCAUCUCCAUCGGUACUCUGAAGCGUCGGCGCGAAUGCAUCAUUGGUCGGGAGGACUAUGACGACUACCCUCACGUGCGGAAACGCGCGAAGACGGAAGGCGAGGAAAUCUGCGACGUACGGCAUAUCAAAACGAAGGAUUACGUGGACGUCAAAGCGGACUGCUCACUCGUAGAGCCGUCGCAAUUGGGCUGGCGGCUCGCGUCGCUCGGAAGGGCCUCGGCGAGUCGCAAGCUCCCUGACACGCGGGAGUUCUGGACGGGCGAGCGGGAGCCGUGCUUGUCCCCCAAGCUUGGGCCGCCGAAGCUGCCUAUAAGCGAGAACGAGCCGAGGGCGAUCUUGGGCUCUUUCGUGUAUGAGGCCUUGCCGCGGUUCCACAUGCGGCAGCUCACCUCCGAGCACAGGAGGCUGGUCGCGAAGCAGGACAAGGGCAACAAGGAAAGCACGCCGCCUCCACCAACCUUCUCGCGGCUGCCAAUGAGGCAUUGA